GACUACCAGGAAGCCUCCAAUCUGGAACAAUUUGUCACUCGAUUUUUACUGAAGGAGACCUUGAAUCAGCUGCAGUCUCUCCAGAAUUCCCUGGAAUGUGCCAUGGAAACUACUGAGGAGCAAACUCGUCAAGAAAGGCAAGGUCCAACCAAGCCAGAAGUCCUGUCCAUUCAAUGGCCUGGAAAGCGAUCCAGCCGCCGAGUCCAGAGACACAACAGCUUCUCCCCCAACAGCCCUCAGUUUAAUGUCAGUGGCCCAGGCUUACUAGAAGAAGACAACCAGUGGAUGACUCAGAUAAACAGACUCCAGAAAUUAAUUGAUAGGCUGGAAAAGAAGGAUCUAAAGCUUGAACCACUAGAAGAAGAAGUUAUUGAAGGGAACACUAAAUCUCACAUCAUGCUUGUGCAGCGUCAGAUGUCUGUAAUAGAAGAGGAUCUGGAAGAAUUCCAACUUGCUCUGAAACACUACGUGGAGAGCGCUUCAGCCCAAAGUGGAUGCUUGCGUAUUUCUAUACAGAAGCUUUCAAAUGAAUCUCGCUACAUGAUUUAUGAGUUCUGGGAGAACAGUAGUAUGUGGAAUAGCCACCUUCAGACGAAUUAUAGCAAGACAUUCCAAAGAAGUAACGUGGAUUUCUUGGAAACUCCAGAACUCACAUCUACUAUGCUAGUUCCUGCUUCAUGGUGGAUCCUGAACAACAAUUAGAUAUUCCUGGACUUUUUCUUUAUAGAUCCAAGUGCAAACAAAUGUUCUCAUCUAAAAUGUCAAUUAGAAAACUCGGUGGCUGUUGAUCUACUGUAUACUUUUGUUUAAUAUAUCUACUGUUUGAGUGUACUCUUCUAAAGUGCAACUAUCAUUAAUGUGAAUUUUAGCUCAACUUUCAAAGUUCAAUAUUGUCCUCACUAUUUGAUGCUAAUUGCUUUGCUACGUUGUAACCAAUCUAAAACCAUCUAGUGAUAAAA